GAUCGCUCAAAUUGGGCAAAGCGAAGCGCGCGAAACCGAAACCGAAACCGAAAAUGGAAGUAUCGAGUCUGCCAAUUUCUGCGUCGCACCGAGGAAAGUUGAUAUCGGCCGGCUACACUUCUCUCUCUUCUCUUUCCUCUCUCUCUCCUUCCCGUUUAGCCCGAGAUUUGAAGAUUUCGGAAAAUGAGGCGGUGGAGAUUUUGAAAAUAGCAUCCAGAAGGAGUGGGCUACACAAAAUUGAGAGCGGAAGUCGUGCUAUUGUGAAUGGAGCACAGACGGCAUGGGAUAUGCUGCAUGAGGAGGAAUCUUCCAUAUGCAUCACCACAUCUUGCUCAAAUUUGGAUGGAAUCUUAGGUGGAGGAAUACAUUGUAAAGAAGUUACCGAGAUUGGUGGAAUGCCAGGCAUUGGUAAAACCCAACUUGGUAUUCAGCUUGCAGUGAAUGCCCAAAUCCCAGCUGAUUAUGGUGGCCUUGGAGGGAAAGCAGUGUAUAUUGAUACUGAAGGCAGUUUCAUAGUGGAACGUGUUCUACAAAUUGCGGAGGCAUGUGCUCAGGACAUGCUAGAAUACAACAGCUUGCUGCGGAGGGAUUCUCAAGCCUGUGGAGUGGAUAAACAGCCGAAGUCUUUUCUUGAUAAUAUAUUCUACUUCCGUGUGUGCAGUUACACAGAGCAGAUUGCUGUGAUUAAUGACUUGGUGAAGUUGAUCUCUGAGCAUAAAGAUGUUAAGAUUGUCGUUAUUGACAGCAUCACUUUCCACUUCCGUCAAGAUUUUGCGGAUAUGGCACUCAGGACUCGACUACUUAGUGGGAUGUCACUAAAACUGAUGAAACUUGCAAAGAAUUUCAAUUUAGCUGUUGUAGUAUUAAAUCAAGUAACCAGCAAGUUUGUGGAAGGCUCAUUUCAGUUAACUCUUGCUCUUGGUGACAGCUGGGCACAUGCUGCUACAAACCGGAUCAUACUAUACUGGGAUGGCAACGAGAGGUAUGCAUAUAUUGAUAAAUCACCCUCUUUACCAUCAGCUUCAGCUCCUUACGCUGUGACCGGAAGAGGUAUCCGGAACUCAACUUCAAACUGUAAAAGAGCUAAACUGAUGUAGCUUUUGGUAAUCAAGAAGCAGCAUGCUAAGCUAAGCAUCAUCAAACUUCCCAUUUUUCGUGUGCUUUGUGAUGGUAACGCCUAAGUCCAUCCUCGUUACUUGCUUGUGGUAGUCUAGGUUUGUGUUUCAUAGGAGAUUAAACUGGUUUAGUCACAGAGAUGUUGGAUCUAGGUUUUUGCUCACAAAGUUUAGGUUCUUCUUUUCUUGUUGGGAUAUCUGUCGUCGCUGUCAUAAGCACGCACUUGAUGUCGACCUAGACGUGUUGGUGGAAGUCGAACCCUUACCUCCCAGUCUAGUCUUGGUAUACAGAAGUUACCAACUGUGUAAUAAAACUCAACUGGCAACAGAUUCAGAUUUGUUGGCUGUCCAAUUUUUUUGAAAAAAUGGCUUUUUGACCAGCCAUUAAUUUAAGCAAAGGAAAAGAAAAAAUUGCUUCUAGUGGUA